CACUGUGCACCCUCUCGUGACUCAUCAGCCCCUCCCCCCUCAUCUUGCCAGUGUGUGCAGAGUACUCGCCCUCCUCCUCAUCUACCAUUUCCCUCCUUCCUCUCAUUCCCACACAUCCUCUCGCUUCCUCCGGCGGGCGUCAAACAGGCUGCAGGAUGUCCAUAGUGAAUAUUGUUGCCAGGGAGAUCCUGGACUCCCGGGGAAAUCCAACAGUGGAAGUAGAUCUUCAUACCAAUAAAGGUCUGUUCCGGGCCGCUGUGCCGAGCGGCGCCUCCACCGGCAUCUACGAGGCUCUGGAACUCCGAGAUGGAGACAAGACUCGCUACAAGGGCAAAGGUGUAACCAAGGCAGUUGGUCACAUUAAUGACACCCUUGGACCGGCCCUUAUUCAGUCAGGGACCAGUGUGCUGGAGCAGGAGAAACUGGACAACCUGAUGAUUGAAAUGGACGGCACUGAAAACAAAUCUAAGUUUGGGGCCAACGCCAUCCUCGGAGUGUCACUGGCCGUAUGCAAAGCGGGCGCAGCGGAGAAGGACGUGCCCCUGUACCGUCACAUUGCCGAUCUGGCGGGGAACCGGGACCUGGUUCUCCCAGUUCCUGCUUUUAAUGUGAUCAACGGGGGCUCCCAUGCCGGGAAUAGGCUGGCGAUGCAGGAGUUCAUGGUACUCCCUGUUGGGGCGGAGUCAUUCCGGGAGGCCCUGCGUGUCGGGGCGGAGCUCUACCAGACCUUGAGGGGCGUGAUCAAGGAGAAGUACGGUCAAGAUGCUACCAACGUGGGUGACGAGGGGGGGUUCGCGCCCAACAUUCAGGAGAACAGUGAAGCUCUGGAGCUGAUCAAGACGGCCAUCGAGAAGGCGGGCUUCACAGACAAAGUAGUGAUCGGGAUGGAUGUGGCCGCCUCCGAGUUCUUCAUCGAGGGCAAGUACGACCUGGACUUCAAGUCCCCGCCGAACGCGGCACGCAACAUCAGCGGCGAGGAGCUGGCCGGCAUCUACCAAGGCUUCAUCAACAACUACCCAGUUGUUUCCAUUGAAGACCCCUUUGACCAGGAUGACUGGCCUGCUUGGACUCAGUUCACAGCCUCAGUUGGGAUUCAGGUGGUUGGCGAUGAUCUGACCGUCACAAACCCACGUCGGAUAGAGCGAGCCGUGGAGGACAAGGCCUGCAACUGUCUGCUGCUUAAAGUCAACCAGAUCGGCUCCAUCACGGAGGCCAUUAAGGCCUGUAAGCUGGCUCAGGAGAACGGGUGGGGCGUGAUGGUGAGCCACCGCUCGGGUGAGACCGAGGACACCUUCAUAGCCGACCUGGUGGUGGGUCUCUGCACUGGACAGAUUAAAACCGGAGCCCCCUGUCGUUCGGAACGUUUGGCCAAAUACAAUCAGCUCAUGAGGAUUGAGGAAGAAUUGGGUGAGGAGGCGCGCUUUGCCGGACACAACUUCCGCAACCCGAGUGCACUCUGAGCACCCCGCUGUGACGUCAGCAAUCAUUGUGCCAAAAGGCCAACAAAUGCUUCGUCGCUCCAUGCUAUGUUGAUCCCGGGCUUUGUUAAUAUGUGGCUGAGUUUACUGACUGGUGUGAGCAUCUCCCUGCACUGACCUCCCAUCACUUCCUUCUGUCAACUGUGGAUGACUUUUGUCUUUCCGCGUGUGCUUUUGUCAUCUUCCCUGACUUUCCCACUGCGAACACUAAGCAGCUUUAAAACAAACGUGUGUGUAGAACUAAUUGUGGCAAAUAAAAUGAUGGGUACAUGGCAACUCUAUAAUCCUA